UCCAACUUCCCUCAUUCUUCUCUUUCAAACACCAGUGGAUUUUCGUUGAAUAACCUUUAAGCUUUCUCCUGUCCCCGAAAUGGAUCCCCCCCUAUCAUCCUCAUCACUUUCACCUUACUAUAACAUCAUUUUCACAGCACUAGCUUUCUUUUUAUCGGGCCUGGUUUUCUUGUUAUCAAGCAAAUCAAAAUCCAAAAGGUUGAAUUUGCCUCCAGGACCGCCUGGAUGGCCUGUGGUUGGCAACCUCUUCCAAGUUGCUCGAUCAGGGAAACCUUUUUUUCAGUACGUGAGAGAUCUUUUGCCUAAAUACGGUCCAAUUUUCACUCUCAAGAUGGGCACUAGAACCAUGAUAAUCAUCACCAGUGCUGACUUGGUAUACGAAGCACUCAUCGAAAAGGGUCAAAUCUUUUCUAGCCGGCCUCGAGAGAAUCCUACCAGGACCAUCUUCAGCUGCAACAAAUUCACGGUCAAUGCUGCCCUUUACGGCCCUGUUUGGCGAUCCCUGCGGCGAAACAUGGUCCAGAAUAUGUUGAGUGCAACGCGGCUUAAGGGGUUCAAGGAUGCAAGAGAUAGCGCAAUGGAUAAACUGAUUGAAAGAAUUAAAUCCGAGGCUGAAGCCACCGACGGUGCUGUUUGGGUGCUGAAAAAUGCCCGAUUCGCGGUCUUCUGCAUACUAUUAUCUAUGUGUUUUGGGAUUGAAAUGGACGAAAAGAUGAUUGAUACGAUCGAUCAGAUGAUGAAGACUGUGUUGCUUGUUCUUGAUCCAAGGUUAGACGAUUAUCUCCCACUUCUAAGCCCAUUUUUCUCCAAGCAAAGAAAAAGAGUUCAAGAGGUCAGAAGAGAGCAAAUUGAGCUACUCGUCCCAUUCAUUGAAAAGAGGAGAAAUGCUAUUAAGAAUCCAGGAUCAGAUAAAACUGCAGCUUCAUUUUCCUACCUUGAUACAUUAUUUGAUCUUAAAAUUGAGGGUAGAAAAUCGGCUCCUUCUAAUCCUGAGCUCGUCACACUUUGCUCCGAGUUCUUGAAUGGCGGAACCGACACUACCGGGACGGCAAUUGAGUGGGCCAUAGCUAGGAUGGUCGAAAAUCCUGAUAUUCAGACAAAAUUAUACAAAGAGAUUAAAGGUGUAGUCGGUGAUAGGAAGGUUGAGGAGAAGGACAUGGAGCGCAUGCCGUACUUAAACGCCGUCGUUAAAGAGUUGUUACGUAAGCAUCCUCCCACGUACUUUUCCCUAACCCAUGCAGUAAUUGAGCCGGCCAAAUUAGGUGGGUAUGACAUUCCAACAGAUACAAAUGUGGAAAUUUUCUUGCCGACCAUCGCGGAGGAUCCAAAAUUGUGGUCCGACCCAGCGAAGUUUGACCCGGACCGAUUCCUCAGCGGUCGGGACGAUGCCGACAUAACCGGUGUCACCGGAGUGAAGAUGGUGCCGUUUGGAGUUGGCCGGAGGAUUUGUCCCGGGUUGGCCAUGGCUACGGUGCAUGUCAAUUUGAUGUUGGCCCGGAUGGUUCAAGAAUUCGAGUGGACCGCUUACCCGAAAGACAGUAAGGUGGAUUUUAGUGAGAAAUUGGAAUUUACAGUGGUGAUGAAGAAUACUCUAAGAGCCCACGUCAAGGCAAGGAUCUAAUGUAAUGUAAGAGAGGUUUUCUGCCAUGAGAUGUUAGGGUUUAUAUAGAUAUAUAAUUAUCUACUACUACAUAUAUUUCUUCAUACUUCUGCUGAAAGUUGGAUUUUCCUUUCUCCUUUUUUUUUUUUAAAAAAUAUAUAUAUAUCUUUUAAUACUGUA